AUGGACAUACCCAUAUUCACGAAAACAACUUAUGCUCAAGUUAAAAACAAAGUUUAUGAAAAAUGGGAGUCAACAUCUGUCGAGUCCAUGGCAGCAGCAGCUAUGCGUGAGCGUGAUGCAGCAAUAGCUGAAGAAACAUUGAGCAAAGAUGAUAUUCCUCUAAUAGACAUAUAUGCUGACGCCUGUUGGAUACAGACAAUACUCCAGUCAUUACUUUCAAAAUCAAGAAGCUUGCUUGAAGACGUGGAUAACAAUGCAGUAGAGAGCUUCAACGAUGUGAUUGCAAAGGUUGUGGGGGAAAGAUAA